AUUUUUGGUAGCAACGGCAGCCAACAGCUCCCACCACAAGCUACAAAAUUGCGUGCACCUUUGACACGUUCACAGUUUGAAAUGCACUGCAUGUGGUUGUUGUUAUUAUUUUGGGGGUUGGGCGUUAGUUCAGCGCUGCGUUGCUACACAUGCGUCGACUGUGAUGAGCAUUCCCAGGCGCUGCAGGAAGUUUGCAGCGUACCCGCCGGCACAUUGGAGCAGCAGCAACAGCCAGCAGCAGCGCCAGCAGCACCAGCACAACAGCCCAGCACAAAUACAAAUGCAAAUACUGUAGCGCCAGUUGUAGCUGCGCCAGCAGCCACGCCUACAUCAGCGCCAGCUUCUAAGCCAGUUAAGCCAGCGCCUGCAGCUAGCAGCGAUGCGGACGAUUAUGAAAGCGAGGAAGAUGAUUCAGCAGCACCAGCUAAACCUGCAGCCAAACCUGGUGCGGCUGCUCCAGCUGCAGCGCCAGCAGCUGCACCAGCGCCAGCAUCUGCUGCUGAAAGUGAAAGCGAGGACGAAGACGAGGAUGAGGAAGAAGAGGAUGAAGAUCGACGCAAGCGCCGCGUCAGACAAGCGACAAGCACGCCAAAAGCUUUUUGCUACAUAGCAAGCUUAAAAAUAAACGGCACAGAGAUUACCAAUCGCGGCUGCACUAUUGGCAGCAUGGAGAGCGCCAAUCAAUCCGCCGCCUGCAGUUCGCUCUUCAACGGCUGGGAGGUGGUCGGCUGUCAUCUGUGCGACGUGAGCGGCUGCAACAAGCCCAUGUACACCUCAGUGAUUGGAACUUGGAGCAGCAGCAGCAGCAGCAGCAGUCAGCGCUUGUGGCCAAGCAUAGCCAUUGUAGCUUUAGCUGUUAGCAAUUUUAUUUAAAAAAACAUACUUGUAAUAAUUGCGUGUUUGCUUUAUUUUUGUUUUAAGCGUAAUGCGUUGAGCAUGAGCGCAUCUGAGCUAUUUUUGACUAAUUGUUGUAUUGACGUUUGAUAAGCGCGCCAGUGGCGUUUAAAUCAAAUCAAUUACUACAGUGUGACUUCAUUUUUA